GUAAAAGAAUAAGCCAGUAGCGCUGUUGGCUUCAAAGAGAGUGGAUGUGUGUUGCUCUCGCCUCUCGCCCUCGUCUCCCGGAAGCUUGUCACACUAACCCGCCGCCUUCUCCUCCUUUCCUUACCACCGCACUGAAAGGCGAGAUGUGAUGUGGUUACUCGGAAAAGACUGUCAAGAAAGUUACACGUGAAACUUCCCAAACUUCAUCACAGGGCAUUUGAGAUUUUUUCUCCUUUACGAUGCGAUGUACUUCAAACUUUGUGAAGAGAGACAAAAAAGUGUAGUGGCAGUUACGUCACUCCUGAAGAAAUGUUACACAGACUAAUUACUGAAUCAAAGGAGGGAAAAACAGAGGUGAACUGAAGUGAUCUAAGUACUGCACACUACAUGAUCUCAUUGUUGUGCCGCCAAUGUACCGAUCAGUAACGUGUCAAUCGACGAGAGAGUAACAGACAAGUGUUCCCUUCACCUGGCGCCAUGUACAGGCUGCUGCUGGCACUAACCAUGGGCCUGACGACGCCGGGCUGGUGUUCGUGGCCUUCCGGACCCUCCUUCGUGGCCUCUCCUGGUAACGUGACGGUGAGCGAAGGGUCCCACGCCUUCCUCCCCUGCAGAGUGGCCAACCUAGGCGACAAAUCCGUGACUUGGAUGAGGCGCCGUGGCCUGCACAUCAUCACGGCGGGCCUGCUCACCUACUCGCCAGACGACCGCUACAGGGUGCUGCACCCCGCCAACACGGACGAGUGGACCCUGCACAUCAGACACGCCCAGCCCGGAGACGGAGGAUGGUACGAGUGUCAGGUGAACUCAGACCCCAAGAUUACCACGCCGGUCCUGCUCAUCGUCAGAGAUAAGAAUCUUGAGGAUCCCUUCUAUCUGCACGACCUCGCUGCAGACGACAACAACACGACGGUACGCAUUGAGGGAGCACACGAGCGGUACAUCCAGAGGGGAAGCAUCCUGGCCAUCACCUGCACCGUGGACCACAAGGGAAGGGCGGGACCGAGUCAGGUGGCGUGGUACCAGGGCGCGACGAGGCUACACUACGACUCUCCCAGGGGCGGCAUUGCUCUGCAGACGGAGAAGUCGCUGAGCAGAACAGUGAGCAGACUCAAGCUGUCGGCAGUGACCCCGACAGAUUCCGGCCGCUACAGCUGUCGUCCUGACACUGGAGGCUUUGCUUCGGUCACUUUACACGUCCAGACAGACCAACCACGCGCCGCCGUACAGCAGAGUGGCCACAACGCCUCCAUCUCGCCAUCCUUGUCACUCCGCCUCGCUCUCCUGCUGCUGCUCCUGACCCACCUCCUCGCACACACACAUCGAUGACUGACCAGGACAGUCCUACAGCUUUCACCAAAUGAUGUGAUGCUCUCCUUGUAUUUUUUUUUUUUUUUAGACUAAAUACUAUUUUUGUCAAUAUCUCAGAGAGAGAGAGAGAGAGAGAGAGAGAGAGAGAGAGAGAGAGAGAGAGAGAGAGAGAGAGAGAGAGAGAGAUUUUAACGACUUGCACAUCUUUUUUUUUUUUUUCUUUAUACUACAAAAUUUACUACCAUUCUACUCAUUUUAUUUCCUGCCAAACGCCAGUAAGAGUACGGUGUUUCGUAGCCCUGCCCGAAAACGACAGACAGCUCCAGGAAUAUUUAAGUGUAAGUAAUGCAUUCCACUUUCGUUAUCAGCAGUGUCUCAUACUUCCCGUUUUCAUUUAUCACAGAAUAAGAAAGUGAUGGUUUCGUUUUUAUUAUCGUCAAAAUACUCAAAUUAUGUACAGUCAUGGUGAGUAGUUGAAUAUAAUACAACACUCACUUCAACUGUUCAGCCAUACGUCCUCCGAUCUGCCAAGAAUGUACCAGUUAUCAGUUUUUGUAGACAGACUAGCAGCGGAUCAGAGGACUUCAGAGGUUAAGAUAGAAAACAUUACUUUAGUUUUGACCACGACUCCACCAGUAUAUGUUCCCCUUACUUCCCAGUGUCCAUUACACACCAUAAUAAAGUAUUUCAUGCUCA